CCUUGAGGAUAUGGUGGUGGAUCAGCAGCCAGACAAGACAGCAAGAUAACAGCACAGCAUACAGCUUAAUGUCAAGGACUUUGGAGAGGAGAUAAACAUAUGCUACGACGAUUAUUAAUUAAAUCCGGGUUUUUGUGGCAGACCACGAGAGGGAAGCAGAUUCUGCUGUAACCGCUGUGUAUUUGGAAAGAAGACCUGAGGAAGAGCUCUUACUGGAAUCGCUUUGCCUUCUCGCUAACUAGCUAAUAUGCAACUCUGCGUGUGAAUUUGCACGAAAACAAGACUGCUGGAUAUAACAAGCCGGGGCUUGCAUUGACUUCCCUCCCCUUUCCUUUCUCAUUGUGAUAUCCACCUGCUCACAUGCAGCUAAAGUCAUGCCGGUCUUUCGUCUUGCAGAUAUAGCCGGUUAGCAAACUAGCUCGGAGGCUCGGCAGGUGAAAGCCGGGCACGCAGCGCUUCGGUUCUGCGUGAGACACAACGCCAUGCCGCUGGUUGAAAGAGGCCGAUUCGUAGAGCUGACUUCACCGAGCUAACGCUAGCUGCAAUUAGCAGGCCGCUGCAAUCAUCUUCAAGUCAGCUAAUUACACAAAGCCACAGGUGAACGGUGGAGAUCACCUUUCGCUUUCUUUCUUUGCUGUGCUUACUUGUAUAUAAGCUCCAUCUGCGGGGUGAGCCAAUACCCAGUAAUCUGCUAAUCGGCUAGCCCUUUAGUUAGACAGUAGCGUUAAUGCAAAGCCAUUUGUAGCGUUUUGGUUUUGCUGUUGUUUACAUUGUUAAGAAAAACAGACUGUUUUCUGUAGCUUACAGCUAGCUCGGGUGAGUGAUAAGGCUGUUUGUAAACGUGUAUAUAUAUAUAUUUUUGUUUCACUAAUACACGCAGUUUGAUACUUGUGUAUUGAGUAAUUUGCACUAGAUAGCCACAUGUACAUCACUACAGAUCAUAUCAUAUUCACUUUGUGGUGGCUUUAUUAUUUUUAAGCAUUAUCAGUGAAAGCAAAGUGAAUGAGCAGUACUCAUUUGAAUGGGGUUAUUUAGUCUGGGAUCUCUGCUGAAGCCUCCACAUGUAAACAAGUCUGAGUCAAGUGAGUGUCAGGUUCGCAUUAGUAUUUCUUUUUAACUGCACGUAAUCACCGAAUAUCCAGUUAAUCCUCUGAACGUUAUUUAUCCAUGUUGAAGCAGUUACUUUAAACCUGACACAGACAAAAACAAAAAACAGCAACAAAAAACCCAAAAAUGGGAUGUUGUUGACCUCCUGGAGCAUAGCCAGACAUAUCAGCCCAUUCAUUCAUGAUUGAUGAUCUUUGUGGAAGUAGGUUGUCCUCUAUCCAUUUGCCACUAAUGUGAGACCUCAGCACCAAGCCACCAACGAUCUGUAUUUAAUUUUAACCACUAAUGUAAAGGGGUGAAGACAAACCCUGGGGAGAUUUGAGCGUUUAUAGUUUUAGCAGCACUUUCCUUUAAAUCCUACUGAGCCUAAAACUGGAACCACUGGUGUGAAACAUGAAGAGCACUGUGUCUGAUCUAAACCCGCAGCCCUGUAGCGUGGAGAUCUGAUCAAAGCGCAACAGAAAGGCUCAUUGUACGGACUGAUAGUUGAAGAGGAAACGGAGAUCAUGGUGGUGAUAACAAAAGCAGCCCAGUGACAGCUUUGAAUCCCACACCAGGAAGCAGAGGAGUGUCUAUAAAGGCUGCAGAUAUGAGUCUCCGCCAACCCACCUCCACGCUGGACAGGGCAGCCAAUAAGACAGACAACCAACUGUUCAGCCCUUUUGCCGCUUGGAUCAACAGUUUGACAAUUGGGGACUCGGAGCGUAAAUCCUCUGGCCCUCAGCAGAGAGAGCCAACGGCAGAAAUCAUUUCUGACAGUACAGGCACUGGACUUGUGCACAGAUGUGUGGUCGUGCAAAAGGACCAGCUGGGCUUCGGCUUCACCGUGUGUGGAGAGAGAGUGAAGCUGGUACAGAAUGUCCGACCAGGUGGAGCAGCAGUGAAGGCUGGUGUCCAAGAAGGGGACAGAAUCAUAAAGGUGAACGGCUCGUUGGUUGCCUCCAUGUCCCAUCAAGAGGUGGUAAAGCUCAUAAAAUCUGGAUCUUACGUCGCACUUACACUACAAGGGCCGUCUCCAUCAACCACCUCCUUGCCCUUAGAGCCCCUCGCCACUGAUCACACUCUUAAUCAAAGAUCAUCUCUGGCUGGGGAGGCUGCACCUCCUCCACCUCCACCCUUGCCCUCUGGACUGAGCAGCACCCCCUCCCAAAGGAUCACAGGACCCAAACCACUACAAGACCCACAAGUACAAAAACAUGCGACUCAGAUACUCAGGAAAAUGCUGGAGCAGGAAGAGGCCGAGCUGCAGGACUUGAUGGAUGAGCAGCUGAGGAACCCGUCGCCAUUGCUGGAGGAGCGAAUUGAAAGCGCCAAGAGGAGAGCUCACCAAGUCAGAGUCAAGAUUCAGCAAGAUGUGGAGGGAACGAGGUCAGAAUCUGUCACAGGCUACUUCAUAGCAGGAGAAGGGCGACAAUCAAUAGACUCCAGUGAAGGAGACAUGGAGGCCUUUGAGAGUCCCCACUCCUCCCCCUCAUUUUCCUUCAGGACCCCCCUGCACCGGCGCCAGACGUCCGACAUAUCCACCUUAUCUGAUUUGGGUGGAAAGGCUCAGAUCAUCGGGCCCGAGGAGGAAGAUGAAGAAUAUGACGGCUAUGCAUUUAAUGAGAUGGACGGUCCAUACCAAGAUAUUGAGCUGUUAAAGGCACGACCAGCACACAUGGCAGUGUUCAUGAGAUAUGUCUUUACCCAGCUUCUGGAUCCCAACCCUCUGCUGUUCUACCUGUCUGUGGAGGCUUACCUCGGCUCCCUUCCUAAAGAUGCCCGCACUCUUGCACCUCAGAUCUGCUCCCUGUUCCUGGAACCAGAUGCUCCCCUGAAGAUUAAAGUACGAGAGGAGUAUCUUGCUGAUAUCGAAAAUCGACUUCAUGCUCAGGAGGACAUCCGGGGACCUCUGUCUGAGCUGCAGCAGCUUGUGCUGCCAGAAAUCCAGGACCAGCUGCAAGACUACAGGAACAAGCAGAUGAUGGGUCUCGGUUCUCUGUUUGGAGAAGGAGACCUGCAGCACCUUGAUGGAGACACUGUGAAAGAGAAACAGGUGGUGGACAAACAAGUCACCGCCCUGUGGGAAAUACUAUCAAAGCACGAGGAGGACAGAAGUUCUCCUCUGGCUUCAGCUGUGAUCCUCUACCUGCGUCAUUCUGGGAUCAAGCCUAGAGACUCCAAGGUCUUCCCCGGCCUGACCACAGAGAAGGACAAGUGGAUCACUUUCUUAAAGUCCAAGAAGCUGAGCGGUACCAAGAAGGAAAAAGAUGGAGAGGAUAAAAAGAGAAAUCCCAUCCUGAAGUACAUCGGCAAACCCCGGACCACAUCCCAGUCCACAUUCCAUGUCCCGCUGUCACCCACCGAAGUCCGGCCUGGCAGCGUGCGGAACAUCAUUCAGCAGUUUGAGAAUAGCACCGAGACCGGCGAGGAAGUCAGCGACGGCGCUGACCCGCAAAGGCUCUCCUCCAGCAGCCUCGGGGAUGAAAUGGACAGCCCUCUACCAGUUCGCCUGGCUCGCAGCGAGUCACUAAAGGCUCAGGGAGAAGGGCGACGGCGGGGCGGCACCUCAGGAGCAGAGUCUGUGCCCCGCUCUCGUAGCGAUGUGGACAUGGAGGACUGCGCAGAUGAGAGGGACGGGCCAGGCCUGAGGCCUCUGCAGCACAGCGCCUCGUCCUCUGCAUCCAGCAACUCUGCACGGUCUCUAGAGAACCCUACACCCCCAUACACCCCUCGGUCUAGACGCAGGAGCGUGGAGUCGCCGCUGGCCCUGCUACCCGAUGCUGCAGCACUGGAGGAUGACGUGAUGGAUAGUAAGACCUGGCAGGAGACUGUUACCCCUCAGCUCCUUGCAACACUCAGCCCCAGUGAGGUGGAUAGACAGGCUGUCAUAUACGAGCUGUUCACCACUGAGGUGUCCCACCUGCGAACCUUACGGGUCCUGGACCAGGUUUUCUAUCAGAAGAUGAGGACUGUCCUGAACUCUGACGAGCUGGCCUGCAUCUUCCCCAACUUGCCUCAAGUCUACGAGCUCCACGCGAGUCUGUGUGAGGCGAUGAAGAAGCGAAGAGAAUCGCCGAUUGUUCAGGACAUCGGGGAUGUGAUGCUGACCAGGUUUGAAGGGGCAGCCGGAGACGAGUUUCAGGAACAAGCGUCCCAGCUGUGCUGCCAGCAGUCUCAGGCUCUCGAGCUCAUUAAGAGCAAACAGCGUAAAGACCCUCGCUUCGCUCACAUUAUCCAGGAGUGUGAGGCGAGUCCUCACUGCCGCAGGUUACAGCUCAAAGACCUGCUGGUGUCAGAGAUGCAGAGACUCACCAAGUACCCGCUGCUGCUGGACAAAAUCGUUAAAUACACAGAAGCGGGCUCAUCAGAUUUGCCCUUGCUCCAGCGAGCGCACGCGUGUUGCCGAGGGAUACUGCAGAGCGUCAAUGAGGACGUUAGGGAAUCGGAGCACCGGCAGCGCCUCAGCGAGUACCAGUGCAGGCUGGAUGCUGCUCCUCAGUUCAAGAAUGUGGACCUCACCACGAAGAGAAUGAUCCAUGAAGGUCCUCUCACCUGGAAAGUUAACAAAGAAAAGCUGAUAGAGAUCCAAGCGCUGCUGCUGUCAGACUGCCUCGUCCUCCUUCAGAAGGGCCCGGACGACCGCCUACAGCUGCGAAAUCAUUCCAGCAGAUUGGGUGGAGGCGGGGGAGGCAGCGGUGACAGCAAGACCUCUUUCAGCCCUCUAGUGAACCUGGCGUCGCUGCUUGUUCGCCCGGUAGCUACAGACAAGAAAGCUCUUUACAUCAUCAGCACCACAGAUAUGCAGAUCUAUGAGCUGGUGGCUGCAACAACAUCCAAGAAGGAGACCUGGAAAGAUUUACUGGAAAAGGCCAUCUCUGCCGCCGGCGGAUCGUCACCUCUGAUGAAUCACAGCUCGAUACCCAUGUCGUCCCCGAGUCUACGCAGUUCUUCCCCCGCCUCAACUGGCAGCAAUGCCUACGGAGAUAACUCGAUGACGGAGCAGUCAGACUCCACGGAGACUCAUUCCAACAGCGACGAGCCCGCGAUCUCCCACAGUACGCCUGUGGACCAAUCGCAAGCUUUUCUCAAAGGACAAGGCGUGGCGGAGGCCGCUCUGCAAGACGUUGAAACCCUGCGGCAGCUCAUAUUACAAGAUUUCCGAGAGGACUGUUGGAGCCACGAUUCAGAUGAUACACCCACCAAUGAGACGGCCGCUGAAAGCAACUCAUUCACAGAGAGGCAGCGACCGGAGUCUCUGGAGACGGUCCUCAGCUGCUGCACCGAUGAAUGGGAGGCGGAGCCAGAAGAGCUGCUGCUUGCAAAAGCACCCAAACCUCAGGUUGUGAGGAAAGCUGUGGUUGCGGGUCCUCCUCCUUCUUCUUCUUCUGUCGCUGAAGACAUCACUGAUGAUGUCACCCUCCCCUCCAAUCAGUCAUCCAAGUCAAGAAGCGAGGCCAAAAAGCAGGGAAAUACCUUCUACCUGGUCAUGCCCAUAGAACAGGGCGAGAGCAUGACUGAAGAUCUCAACGACCCCCCUACACCCACCGCCAGCCACUUCCCUCCACCUGUAGAGGAAAUGACGUUGCCACAGACGCAGAUGGAAGAAGAGCCGGUAGCCCGCGGCCCGGAGGCCAACCAAUCAGAGACUAUGCAACUAGAACAGGAAAAAGAAACAGGCCAUUUGCAGGCUGCGCAACACACUCACGUAAUCAGAAACGUGGAUGAGAUUUUUCACACGAUUGAGGAGCUGAUGACCAAGUUGCGCCACCUGAAGGAGAUAGAGAAGGCCCACUAUAAGCUUCUGGAAACUCUCAGAGAGUCCUCCAUCAGUCAGGAGUCUGAGGACCAGCAGUGUCGCUCGGCAACAGUCUCCAGGACGCCGUCUCUGGAUCGUAGCUCAGGAGAUGGCAAAGAGAGCAGACCUGCGGAGCCCAAAAUCCUGUCGACUGGAUUCUGAUGCGGCUGCAUGGUAAAUCCAUUUGCAGUCGCUUAAUCUUGAUUGGCAGUCUGACGUAGCUAUCCACUUAGACCCGGUUCCACUCACCCAUCAGCCCCGUGUGCACCAGCCUGUGGCGCAGAACAUCAAAAAGCCCGUCACCAUUUCUUUGUUUCUGUUGCCCUGAUAUAACAGGAAGGUGAACUGACUCAUCGAGGUUUCUGAGCUCAGUAAGCGCAGAAUGAACGGAGUCCACGGAAGUUGAGGAAUAAAUACGAAGGAAAGGAAGAAAAAAGCAGAAGACAAGUUGACUGUGGAAGAGAGAAGUUGGAAAAAUUGAAAGUGGAAAUGUGAGCAAGUUUGGAUAUUUGUGAAGGAAAGAAGUGUUCAUGUAAUGCUUUUGGAGAACUGGUUGAAGGAACAGAGCAGCAAAAAUGUUUAAAUGUUAAUUUAAAGAAGAAGAAAAAAAAAAAUCAGAGGGACCCGUCACCCCAGCACUUUACCCACAACGCACCUGUCUGUCAUGUACGUCCUCUACAGCGGACAGAUCAGGGACUGAAGGAUUCAGGCUUCAUUUAGGGAGGGUGGGGUGGAGGGCUGAGACUGCCUCCUGAUGGGGUCUCCCUCCCCCUCCCCCUUCGCUGUUUGCUUUACACCGACUUCACCUGCCACCUCGGCCGAAGGACUGUGUCUAUAUAAUUCAGGUUAUUUGCACUGGGUAAGGAAACACACACACGAGCAUAGCCGAACUCUCAUUCAUCUCCUACACCGACUGUGGAAGAAACUCUUAAUUCAUUUCGUUCACACGCCUUCUUUGAAGCAACAGGAAGGCUUUCAUCAGUGCAACAUGUUUCACAUUUUUGUAUUUUGGAAACAGUACUACGCUGUUUACUACUGAAAAUGCUGGCAGGAUUUAUUUUCAGCGCCGCUUCAGGGGCGCACAGGGAUCUCAGCGGUUCUUACGUGCUCAGCGGAUUCAUGCAGUUGCUCGACCGUGUACAGCUGUUGGAACGUUUUGGGGAGAUUUACAGUAUGUUGAGGUGAGACUCAAACCUGGGAUGAUUCAAACUUAAGAAACUUGAAUUUUCACCAAGAACCUGUUGCCAAAUAACCAGACUGGCGUCGCCUGUCUACACUUUAGGGUUUAACUGUGCAUCCCUCUCUAGUGUUUUGUGUAUAUGUGUAGUGACCCACCACGGUGAAUACUGCGAACCAGCAACUUCUACCCAUUUAAUAUUAAACCCAUAAGUAGUGUUUAUAUCCUCCCAGGCCUACACUAAGCCAUGAAAACGACUGCGCUCCACCCCCACUCCAAGCACACAUCCACUUUGAAAUUGUGGAAGAUUAAAAGCUUUGUAAGAACCUUCUGACAUUUUACGGGAAAACACUCAGUUUCGUUGCCUUAGCAGGUGGUUAGCGGAGCUUAGCAUCAAAACUGGAAGCUGGGCUUGACCAAAAGUAAGCAAACCCACCUGCUAGCACCUCCAAGAGCCAAUUUUCACAUCUGAACUCAGCACAGCAUUGGGAGAAUCAAGUCAGGAUCGUUGUCCAAAUUAGUUUGCCUUUUCUCACAUGUAGCGCACAACGGGAUAUUUUCACAACUGGAAACACUCAGUCUGGACUUAGUGGGCGCUACCUGGUUUGCAGAUAUAGUAAAUGGGAUAUGUGGUGCUCUCUAGUUAGCACACUGUGAACUAUUUGGAUUAUUACCUACUCUGUUCUCACUGAGCUUAGCAGGUGGGUUUGUUGCUUCUGGGAGGAGCCAGACUGGCUCUUUCAAGUCCUCAUGCUAAGCUAAGCUGGCUAGCUGUUAGCUUAAGUUCUGUAUUCAAAGCACAUACGUGAGACUGGUGAUGGUCUACACAUCGAGGUGUGUUUCCCAGAAGUCAGGCCGUUCCUUUAACUAUUUUUGGGAACAUAUUUAGGAUUGUUUUAUUGCUACUGACAUUCAAAUUUUUUGUUGAACGCCUUGUUUGAGGCACAUCUAACCAGCAAUGACUGACACUAAAGCCAAGUGAUUUUUCUCUAUUCUGUCCUUUUUCUCUCAAACUACAUCUGUCUGGUACUAAUUCUAAUACACGGCAGGACAAAAUGUGUAUUUUAAACUGCAACUAAAUAGCAGUUUAAGUGUUUUUUUGUUUUUUGUUUUUUGUUUGUUGCCUCUUUAAUGCUCAUCGCGCUGGGCAGAAACACACCGCGCUGAAUUUGAUUUGAGCUGGUUUCAAAUACUAACUGAGGAGUGAGUAACCCUGAUUACAAGCUCCAUAACUAAUCCUAACACUAAACUGAUCAAAACCAGGAGCAGAUUCAGUCGUUCGCACUGUCAGAUUCUGCCAUUUGAACGGAUGUUUCACUGCCCAGUGGAAGGUUUUUGCUCUUCAGCCACCAACACUGUGUAGGAGAACGUGUGACUGUCAAAUCACACGUGUACAAAACAUUAAAUGCAAAUUUUAAAAAAAAGAAGAGAGAUGAUUAAAGCAGCGUUACUUAAUGCCAGGAUGGCUGAUUUUUCUUUUCACAGCUGUAUGAAAUUUGUGCUAAAAUGUAAAAAUGUUUCACCAAAGUGAUUUUUUUUUUUUAACUCCAAAGGUGUUUAAGGGAACACGUUUUUUUGUUUUCUUUAUUCACAUUUUGGCGGCUGAGUUUCAAGCACUUCAGACCAAGAGACUGACAUUAUUACUAUUAAACUUUAAAAUCACUAUUUUUAACACCUUUUCACAUCGAGCUGUCAGCACACAGUUUUCACACUCUACAUUUUAUUUAUAAUUAAAAAACAAACACAAAGCACCAAAUGGUCUGAGCUGGUUGAAUGCUAAUCUUUUCUUUUCUGCACAUCUUUCGGUGUACUGUCCUCUUUGUUCCUCCACAGCGUUUUCUAAUUCCUACCUCUACACUUUCCUUUUAGUGAUUUCCUUAUCAUUUUUACGUCAGCGCCGCAGCCCUAAUGGCUGGAAAGAAGCUAGAAUUGAUUCCAUUGUUUAAAAAGAAGAAAAAAAAAAUCUUGCACAGACAAAAGUUCCCUGCACAGUGCAAACUACUGUAUGCAUAAACACAUCAAUAACUAUCAUCUCAUUCUUUAUUUUUGUCUUUUUUUAAAAAAGAAGAAAUCUUGUUCACAUGUAAUAUAGAGAUCAACCCACUUGUUUUAUAUACGUUAAUUUUUUUUUCUGUAAAGCGUUAGUCAUUGUAUUUGAUUUUAUUUUUGUAGAUAUAAAAAAAUGAUGUAUA